AUGCAGGUUGACGGGAGUACGCGAAGGGGGAGUUUCCCCCUACUGUUGCCGGAAGAUUUGGUUGCUGAUGGAUUCCCCUCCUCUUCGUCUUGCUCCUCCUCCUCCUCGUCUUCAUUGCUUUCUUCAUCAUCCAGUUCCUCCGUAGGGCCAACUGCGCACUUAAACUAUAUAGAGCACCGGGUGUCCAAGAUGGAUACCCUUGCCGGUGUUGCCAUAAAAUAUGGAGUCGAGGUAAAUUCGUUCUCCUUUUGUCUCUAGCAUUCUAGAUUUGGAUUCUCAUCUCCCUGCAUCGAAUGUGGAGAGACGCGAAAUAAUUAGCUGAAUUAUGAACAGGCCUCAACGAGGCCGCUUGUUUUCUUCCCAUUGCAAUCUACCUCGAUUGCGUGGAAGGGAUCACUGUGUUCAGUUAUGCAUCGAUGCUGAUACCCUUCCUUUUUCUCCUCCUUGCCUUUUAUGGCGUUCGGCCUGUCUCGCAUUGUGUUCUUGUCGGUGGAUGUGUCUGCAGUCAUUUUUUCCAAAAUUUGCAUUUCCUUCAACAAUGCUAAGGAUCAUGCUCGAUAUCAGGUAGCAGAUAUCAAACGGAUGAAUUCAUUGGUCACAGAUCUUCAGAUGUUUGCCCUCAAAUCACUUAAGAUUCCGUUACCAGGGAGGCAUCCCCCUUCCCCCAUAACGUCAAAUAGUCCCGCUUGCAACAGGUACGCUUCUUCUCUCGUAUUUCGUCGCGCAACUACUUGAUGCUCUGCACUAAUGGACCUUAGCUUCAUGAUCCAUUUGAUUUCUCGUUGUAUCAUCACAUGAACCGUCUGAACGGUUACUUUUUAGUUUUUCCCCAGCCAUGAAAUGUGUAUAGCCGCAUUAGUGUGUGGUUUGGUUUUUCCUGCUGGUGUAGUAUUUCCCUUUCUCUCUGAUCUCUUCAGUUUGAAGGGUAGAGUCGUUGUCUACUGGGUCUCUCCUCCAUGCUCAAGUGACCAUUGUGCUCACAUCUAGAGGCAGAGUUCGUUCGUCUAAGGACACCCAGUGCCCUUUUUAGUGUGAGUGGUGUAGCUCGCGAUGUCUGAUAUCACAUGGCAUCCCUUUCAUAGACGGGAAAAUUCAUUAAAACUUUAGCCUAUAUAUUUCUUGUUUGAAUACCGUCGUACUAGUCUCAUGGCGCUGCGAUUCACAUGGUAUAUGACCAUAGUUCAUGGUGAAAAAUGAACAUGGCUUUUACUUGUUACAAUGAUUCUGAUGAAUCUGUUUGAUAGUUGGGUGAAUUUUCCGAACAUCAAUCAAAAAGAUUUAUGACAUCUUAGAAAAUUUUGCGAAUUGUAGAAUUUUUUUUCCAAGUUACUUUAAGUCGGAUGUGCUGGUAAUAACGGUUCCCUCAUGCUCACAUUUGCUUACCACGUUCAGUCUUGUUGAAAAGAAGCCAAAGCCUAGCACUUUUAUACUCACAUUUGCUUGUUGUAUGCUCCUUGAGAGGCUGACAUAACAGUGAAAACUCCCGAGUUUCGCAUAAUACAGCGGAUGCUCAUUUGGGUGACUACUUGGGUUCACUGUUUCGAUCACUAUCAUAUCAUUCUUUCAAAGAAACCAUACCUAGGUUGCAUUCGAAUGUAACCAGUUAUUUGUACUUCUCAAUCACGACCCUUUAUACUGGAUUAUGAGUUGGUUUACAUUCUUGUUGGCUUGGAAGUCAUAACUGACCAUGUAUCAAUGAUUGUUCUCUGUCUGCUCCAUUAAUGAUCCAAACUAUUAGUUUUUUCUCUACUCCUGUUUAUUUUUACAAUUUCUCAUCAUGCUUCGAAUUAUGACAGGGAUCAAAACAUGGGGCAGCAGCCUCACGCAAAUUUUCUUGAAUCCUUACGGUCACACCAGGUAAAAGCUCCACAACGAAGGGUUAGCCUUGCAAUGAGCAGUUUGCUGGGAUAUUAUGGUCUCAGUAGCCCCGAAAAUGAUCCAAAAGGUGAAGGAACAGAAAUGGCCGUCUAUGGAGCCCAAAUUUCAGAGCCGAGUUAUAACAGCCACCAAAGGUCAAGAAGCCUGGUCAAUGGGUUUCUGUUGGAAAAUGGUCAUUCAGUUCAAGGUGCUGCUAUUGUUGAAGCCACGGAGAAUUGUGAAACUGAUAGAUCUGGCAGUGAGAAGCCUGUUAGAAGGCGUCAGAAGAUUGACGUCGAGUCCCCUGAGUUGUCAUUGAAGGAAGAUAGUGACGGUGCUUUCUCUGGGAAAACAGAAAAGAGCCUUGCACCAAGACCAAAAUCUAUUAAUCGGCUAGACUUUGAUUCUGGCUUCUUAGCUGCCAGUCCAAUGGGAGAUUCGAUUUUGGCAAAUGGAGUCAAAAAGUCAUCAAGCACCUCGAAUUUGUUGGAAUCAGAAGGUAGUUCCUCGAUGUGGUUGACUUCUAAGUGGGCAAUGAAACCAGACGCCACAUCGAAGCCCUUGUUCGAUGGAUUACCAAGACCAAUUACAUUUCGGAGAAACAAAGCCGCUAUGGAUUAG